AUGGCAUGUUUCAGCAAAGGUGUUGGCAAAAUGUCGGAUGCAUUUCCAAAUAUAGAGGAAUUAAACAUUGACGAUUGCAAUGAGCCUGAAGAGUUGCUUGCGGAUUUCUUUAAUGUGAUUCAUUUAAAGAAAAUCAGUAUCUUUGACUGUUAUGAUUUACGUAGUUUGCCUGAAGAAAUUGGAAAUUUAGUCAACUUGGAAGUAUUGAGGCUAAGGAAAUGUAGUAACCUUUUAAAGUUUACUGGCUCAGUUAGAAACCUCAAAAAGUUAAAUUUCCUCGACUUGUCUGGUUGUUACAACAUUCAGUUGCCUGAAGACAUUGGUGAACUUAGCAGUUUAAGAAAGUUGGACCUGAGGAGGUGCUACCAAGUGUGGAAGCUGCCACCAUCAGUUUCGGAUCUUGAUCAGUUAGAGGAAGUGAGAUGCGAUGAUUUUAGAGUCGAUUUAUGGGAAGCCUUUCUACCGACUCUCACAAACCUACGCAUAGUGGGCAGUGGCGUAGCUAGAAACUCGAUUUAG